AUGCUGAGACUGGUUGAUUUAACGGGGACGAGAGGUGUCAUAUGGGAACACGAACUAGAUGAGGCGUUCGAGUAUCACCAGGACAGGGCGUUCUUCCAUUCGUUCGCGGGAGAUAAAUGCAUGGUUGGCUUUGUCUUUGCUGAUGAGAAAGAUGCAAAAACCCUCUAUAAGAAAGUAACCAACCGUAAAGCAGAUAAUGUUCAACCUUCCUCCUCAGAGAAGAAGUCUUCCAAGGGUGGUAGAACAAAUAAGUCUAUGAUUUCAGGUCCAAUCGCUGGUUCCCUUGUGCAUGUUCUGAAUGAACUGGAGGGUUCAGGCAUUAGUCGCGAGGUCAUCAACCAGGAUAUGGAUUUCAUCAAAGACUUUAUCCGUGAUGCACAAAUCAUGUCGUCCAAGUUGGACAAUUCUCCCGAAGUGCAGAUGCAAGAGCUGCGUCGGCAGGAUGACUGUCCAUCCGAAGCAGAAGAUGCUAUUCAAAGAGCUGUUUGGAUUGAACUCGGAAAUGUACCGCUACGUUUUUUUAAUACUUCGACGGGUCUUCUGUGCGAUCGAGCGGCACAAAUAAACGCCUUCAAAAUGAGUGCAGAGUACAAGGAGCUUUUGUCAAUCACAACGAAGCAUUCAGACCUCCAAAUGGGCCGCAUCAAGGAAAUGGUAGCAAUAUACUUCCGCUGCGUCAUGCUAUCACACAGGUGGGAAGAGAAGGAGGCGCUGCUGCACGACAUCCAGGAUGAAUCGUUUUGCAAAGUCGCUCGUGAUGCUGGGUAUUGUUGGGCGUGGAUGGACGCAUGCUGCAUCGACAAGAAGAGCAACACCGAGCUUCAAGAAUCGGUCAACUCCAUGUUCGUCUGGUACCGCCAUUCUGCGCUCACCAUCGUCUAUCUAUCCGAUGUCCUUCCUUCAUCCCAGCCUGAUGCACUGGCGAGGAGUGUUCGGAACGAGCGGGGAUGGACCUUUCAAGAAUUACUCGCUCCGAAAGUUGUGAUCUUUUAUCGGAGGGACUGGUCAUUAUAUCUCGACGAUCGCUCUCCCAACCACAAAGAGCCCCUUGCAAUCAUGAAGGAGUUGGAGGAUGCGACGGGGAUAGAUGCGCAGACCCUGGUGGCCUUCCGCCCAGGCAUGAGCGGCGCCCGAGAGAAACUGCAAUGGGCAUCGAAGCGCGUCACCACCGUGCAGGAAGACGUCGCGUAUUCAUUAUUUGGCAUCUUCGGCAUCACCCUACCUGUCAUUUAUGGCGAGAACAAACUGAACGCGCUCGGGCGGCUCCUGCAGGAGAUCGUGGCUCGGUCGGGCGACAUCUCUGUUCUCGACUGGAUCGGAGAACCCUCUGAGUUCAAUAGCUGUCUUCCGGCCCAUAUCACCUCCUACGCCACUCCUCCACGCACCCUUUCACCUUUGUCUGAAGAUCACAUUCACACGCAAGUCUCUUCGCUGCGACAAACCGUGGCCGCAGAUCUAGCAUUGAAAUUUUAUGACCAGCUUGAACAACUUAGAGCUCCUCGCUUUGCAAACUGCAGACUUCAUCUUCCUUGCAUUUCAUUUCGUGUCACGGAAGUCAGAGGGUGGCGCGGUCUAGCUCAGGAGACUUCCAUCACGUAUAAAAUCAAGGCAGACGGGCUUCACGACCAGUUGAUCACCACUGAAGAGGCUCUAGUUCAGUUCUCGCGGGCAAAGCCCAUUCAGCAGACGUUCUUACUUAUCCGUCCCUGGGAUUGGCAUCUCCUCGGGGUACCUGACUUUGCAGAGCAGGCUGACUUCGCAGGUGAUACAGAGAGCGUAGGUGAUUGGACUGAUCCCGGGUCCUCGACGGACGACUCUGACGAUUUACCCGGUGAUUCGCCUGUUGAAGAGGAGCAUAGCUCACGAGCGUUGCAGCUAAUGGUUCGCCUCGGACAGCCUUUCGACGCAUUUUUGCUAGCGCAGCAAUGUGUUGGAGAAUACAAGAGGAUCGCAUCGGAUUAUAAGAUCAUUGCACAAGUCAAAGACAUUGCAUCGGUUGAUAACAUGGACGUCGGUACUAUAGAAAUACUCUAGUUAAUAGCUAUCUACAGGCAUCAGGUACUAUCACGUCACUGCGCGUCCAUAAUUCUCUCACAGCUUUCCUUUCUCCCAUGGCGACUUCUGCUUCAUUUCCCGGCGUUGUUGGUCUUCAGAAUGGAAGCAGAUAUCCAAAUGAUAAGAAAUCUCAUUUUCAAACCCGUUACGUUCAUUGAGCAGUUCGAGAGUCACCAACGAGUGGAAGCACCCAUGCAAAGAUUGUUUGCUAAGGCUACUAUCUGCGUUCUGGUCGAGUGUGCACUUGAGGAAAGCAGCUU